UCUUUUCCACCUCUUCUUGUCAAUUGUUCAGUUCCAACGAACGAGCAACGAGCGCAAGUGCUGUACUGGAGCGGCGAUAAAUGUGAUCUUGGCUUCGAGCAUUCAUUGAUAGUGCGGCUUUCAGUCAUCACAGCGUAGCUUUUUCGGUUGCUUAGUGACUGCGACUCGUUUGAACCGUCCUGCCUAGUUCCUGUCCGUUUCGCACUGCAGUCCCCGCAGAUCAUGGAAGAAGCAACCACUCUGUGUUCCAAUUGUCAACGCCCAAUCGCAGCCAGCAACUAUGUAAUUCACAGCCUUCACUGUCAACGCAAUUUAAUGAAAUGUGACAAAUGCGGUGAAGCUGUGCCCCGUUCGGGUUUGGAGGAACAUGAUUUUGAGUUUCAUUCAAAAGUCAACUGUCCCGACUGUCACAUGUCUGUUGAGAGACCUCAAUUAGACACUCACAAGAAAACAGUAUGCCGGUCCCGUCAGCAGGGUUGUCUUUACUGUGAACUGGAAAUGCCAGCUAGCGAAAUUAGCCAUCAUGAAGACUAUUGUGGAAGCCGCACCAAGAAGUGUGAGGACUGUGGAGAGUAUGUUAUGCUGAAAUAUGAGCAAUUGCACAUUGAUUCAAAUCAUGGUUUCUUGAAACUUGACGAUGAGCCAGGCCCAACUGCCACUUGGAUUAAAAACGACAUCAAGGGUCGCUCUACACCAACAAAAUCAAACAACAACUCAAAGCCCCAGCUCAAUAUUGGAAAAUUUAUUGAUGAUGAUGAUGAUGUAGAUGACAUGCACAGCUUAUUUGCCAAUCUUUUGAAGAAGCAAAAUGCUGUUGGUUCAACUACUCAUUAUCCGGGUGUGGCAUAUCCUAUAUCUGGGGAACCUCAAAGAUAUGUUUCAAGAUCACCUCCACCAUUCCAAGAUGUUCUGGAUGACACUUCAGAUUUGGUUGCUCUACCAUGUGAGUUUUGUGAGGCGAUGAUUCCAGUUAACCAGUUAAUUCUUCAUCAAACUGGUUGCAGAAUGGAUAUUGCCAGUUUUGGUAGACCGAAGAAAAGUCAAAAUGACUCCACCAUGAGGAAAAACUUGUCUGUUGUGAAUGAAGUUGAUGGAGGAUUGUCCAGAGGCAGUUUGGAAAGGAUGAAUGAGUUUUGGGAAGAUUCCAGGGAUAAACAAGAAAACGCUGGGUCAUUUGACAUGCGUGACUCGAGGAGAAAUGCUGUUGCUCAUGUUGGGAAGGUGAAUGUUGACAGGCACAGAAAUGACAUAGGUGAAUGCAAUGUUGACAUGCGUCGAAACGCAAUUGAUGAAGGAAGUGAAGCGUCUUUAAAAAAUGAGUUAGAAGAAGAUGGUGUUUAUUUUUUACCAUGUGAAUUCUGUGAAGAAGGGUAUCCUCCAAGUUUGCUUCUUGAGCAUCAGGAUGUAUGUGAAUACAAUCCUAAAAACAUAUCUGAAGCUACGCCUGUUUGGUCUGAGCCACAGGAUGUUCCAUCUGGAAAAUCAAAGGAAACUCUAGAAACAUUACGUCCCCGUAAAUAUGAUGAAAACAACUACAACACAUUUGUAGACUCGGAUCAACCCAAUAGUUCUAUGGAAGGGGAGCCUAAGGAUCCCCAUUUCCUGAGAACUCCCCAAAGUCCCCCUCGGCAACAUGAAGUACAUUGCCAGACUGACCCAAUAGAUGAGAUUGUAUCAAAAUGGUUUAAACCAAUUCAAUCCCUGGAAUUUUCUACUGACUUCAAAAAGGAGUCUUGUGACAAGAAAUUGGUUGUCAAAGCUCCCGGGAACACAAGGCAUGAAUCCAGUGACAUUUUAAACAAAGUCCCUGGAACCACCAUUAGCUCUUCUUUCAAAAAACCUGGUGAAAUCAGCUUAAGUGCAUUUUACCAAACAAAGCCAUCAAGUAACACACCUAAGGUUGCUCAGACCAGAGCAUCUCAAGAUCUCUUUGCUACCACUACCAAAACAAAAAAAGAAUUUCAUUCAGGCAAAGUGUCAUCAUCUAUUAUGUUGGGUUCUCGAGGCAAGAACAAUAUAUCAAAUUCCUACAAUGACUUACGUGGCAACUUCACUGUGGCAAGUGAAUGGAGUGAUGAUAGUGACUCUCGACCAACGUCAGCUACUGGGGCUAUUCCCAAGCAGAAGGCAGGAAAACUUAAUUUUUCACGGAAAGUCAACCAAGAAGUACAGAGCUCCCGACCCUCCAACUCGAUAGUUCCAAGAAGGGGAGUUUCAAGGGGAGUUGACUCGAGCAGUGAUAACGGCCAGGGGUACCAUAUUCGAAAUAAUUUAAAAGACCUUAAUGAUGAUGAGGAUGAUGAUUAAUGAUAGUUUACUUAAAUUGAAAUUUUAGGCCUGAAAUUUGGUUGAUACUCCUGGUGAGUUUCAAAAUAACAAUUAUGAAAUUCUUUUGUCCCCUCUGGCUGAGAGCUGCUCUUAUAGUUGUUGAUUAAAACUGUUAAGUGUAGUGCUGUAUGACCAAAUAUUAACUUAAAUUAUAAUUUGUGAAACGGGUCAUGCUCUCUUUUAUCGUAUGGAAUUGGUGAUUGUUAUUUGUGAUGUUAACUUUCUCAAAUGAGCUUGUUAUGCCUGCAGCCUUUCAGCAUUCCACAUUCAUCAUUGCUUUUGUUGUUGAAAUGAAACAUGACGGGCUAUACAAGUUCGAUCAGUGCAUUUAUUGAGUAUCAUGCCAAGACAAGUUUACCUCUUAUGAUUUUUUUUUUAAAUCUUGCUUUUUCUUUGUAGCAGAACAAUCAUUCUUGCAAAGCCUUUGUUCAAAUGAAACAUUUUCAAAGCUUCUCUUCCUGAACUUUGGACUACGAUGGUUGUGCUUGAAGUGCUUCAGGCGUUGUUAACUUAAUGCGUAAUUGAUCUUGCUUCUGUAGUCAUGAUUUAAUUUUGUGUUUGUUUUUAGUGUUGAAGAAAAACAAAGCAUCUUUCUUCAUGUGAUAACUACGUAUUUAAUAUGUGGGGUACCAUUGUUGUGAGGAAUCUUAGGCGGCUGUAAAGCUCACCGUGUAUUUUUGGUGUAUGUUAACUAAAUACCAUAAACUAUUUUGAAUAGUGUCACAAUGCAUAAAUUAUAAAGUCCUUUUAAGAGAAACUUUUAUGUGACUAUCUGGUGAUCAGUAUUAUGACUGCUGUAAAUGAUAGUUUCAUUAGAAACCCACUUCCAUUAUGACCUUAUGGAACAUACUGUUAGCAAAUUGAGCUAAUGUGUACCGGUUUAUUGCAUGUAGCAUAACAGACCAGUAACAAAAUUUCUGUCUAACUUUUUAUUGAUACCAUUUUUAUUAUUUAUUAUCUGUUGUUUUUUUUUUUUUUUUCACUUUUUUAACUGUAACAAAACCCUGUACUGUCUGGAUAUAGUGGGUGUUGUUAUUUUAACAUCUGAAGUCUGGACAUAUAUUUUGGCUAGAUUUCUCAAAAUUGCUCUGUUGGCAAAGUAUGAUUCUUUCUAACGUGCUGUGACUAAAUAGGGAAUAUAUAUGUACCUAUUUCAUAAGACUGUUAAACAUCUUGUGAAGUAAAUGCUUCAGUCAGUGUUGUCUUGACAGUAGCUCAAAUAAUUUGUGAUAGUGACGUUUCUUCUUGAAUCCCACUUCUUCCUUGUCAAUUGUUUUGUCAUGUCUAGCUUUUAUGAGUCAUCAAAGAGGAAACAAUUGAGAUAUUAAAAUUUUGGUACUCUGUUUCAUAUAAAUUAGAUGAAUAAAAAUUUAGCUUGUCUGUCA